UUAAUAAAAUAAUGAGCCUCUGUCUCUGCAGCUGCACUUUCUCGUCGACCGGCCGAACGUGCAGUGUGUGUGUGUGUGUGCGUGUGGCCCGGAGGACAGAGGACAGGAGAACACACACAGCUAAUUAAUUAAAUAAUUUGGUUCUGUACAUUUUUCUUCAGCACAGCUGACAAAGGUUUAUGAUGGGUCAGUCCUCCUGCAUGCUCAGAUCAUUCCCUUCCCUUGCUUGAAAAAUUGUUCCAAAAUGAAAGUUGAACCCACAUCUUGUUAAUCUGUGAAUUCAAUGCCUUUCGGCGAGUCUCAAAUAAAAAUUUGGGCGUCUUAUUAUUGUAAAAAAAGUAUACCAUUAAUGUAAAAAAGAAACUCCAAAUAAACUAUGUUUACACCCGGAUUCGAACCCAGGCCCCCAGCAUGAGAGUCUGCCAUUUUACUAGGUGAGCUAAAGCACCAGUGAGUACGUUUACAUGCAGCCAAUAUCCGGGUUAUGAUCGGGUUAAGGUCGGUAUUCGGGUUUCUGAGUUUUCAGAAUAACCCGUUUACAAGCAUAUAUAGAAAGAGUUACCUCCAACUUGCAUAACCCGAUUUAAAUGCGGAUGUUGGGGUAGCGUCAGGACGUAUGGACUACGUCCAGACGCAAUGUGCGUCAUUUCCGGUUCUUCUUGUUCCGGUAUCCGUGAAAACAACAACAUGUUUCUCAGUUCGGAAGAGAUAGCGACCGCGUUUGUUUGCGCUUUAGUUUCCUCGUCACUCCAAAAGUGUGGUGCUGUGCCACGACUCGCCAUGUUGCUCCCAACUUGUUGUUUACUUCUGGUGUUCUGGCGCAUACAAGACGUCUCGCUACUCAAAAGACCAAGAUUCUUUGCGAACAGAGCAUGCACAGAACACACGCUUUGAUGGGGAUAUCCCGAUAUGCGUUUACACGACCAAACAUUCGGGUUAGAAAAGGGUUACCCCAGGUGUAGUAACCGGGUUUUUAAAAACCCGGUUAUGAGCAUAUCCGGGGUUUUGGCGGUGUUUACAAGGACCUGCGGAACCGGGUUAUUGUGAAUAUUCAGGUUUUAAAAGGGUUACUGGCUGCAUGUAAACGCACUGACAGACAUUGAUUCUAUCUAUAACGUUUAUAUCCUUGAUGACAGCUGAAACAACGUCAAUCCAAAGAACGGUUCGGAGCGAAAAUGGCUAUUUUGUUGCUAAUUUGCUGGAAAUAUCUAGAAGAAAUUUCUACAGAAAGUAGUUAAGGGUCCUCAGAAAUGUAGCUAGGUUUGUCUCUAGGCGUUAGGAACAGCGACAAAGUCGCUGAGUUGGCACUGCCUCUCUCCCUCUACUGCUAAAGCUACGGAUAGCAAAUGCUACGGGCUAUGCCUGAGCAUAAACACGCAUGAAGCAGCCUGCUCGCCCCGAGCAUCUCUCUUUUUCUCUGAUUUUACAGAAAACAGGCAAUCACAGUAAAAAUGCCAGGGCUCAUUCUACAGGACCAGGGCAUUGCAGGAGAAUGUAUGAAGAAGAAAUUUAUUUUUUCUAUACAUGUUUUGACUGUCAAACUUCCUUAUAGUCCCUAGGGCUGCUCGAUUAUAGCAAAAAUAAUAAUCACGAUUAUGGUGACUGAAAUUGAGAUCACGAUCAUUUAGGACGAUUUUUCAAUUUAUGCUGAUUUUAUUUGUUUUAGUUCAGUCAUAAAAUUGCUCAGGGCACAAUCAGGACAAAAAGAAAUAAGAAACAAGAUGAUCACUAAAAGAACUCCUGAUUACCAGUAUAAAAAGACCAAUAUACUUAUAGCUCAUAGUCUAUGACCCAAGGGCUAUAGACCUUGGUUUAACUCAUUUAAGUCUAACCAGUACAGACCCAAAUACCAAUAUCUUGCAAAUACUGACAGCAAGAAUUAUACAGUGGCAUUUUUAACAAUUAAAUGCAAAUAAAUUGAUGUUCACAAAAUGUUGUAUAACAUUUAUUUAGUCGUGUCAAGGUUCUGUAGGAGAGUGCACUAGCACCGUGUCCUCAGAGAGAUUAGUUAUUAGUUAUCAGUGUGAGGAACUUAUUUCUACCUUAUUUAUAAACUAUUUAUUUACAAGUCGUCCAUCAGUUAAUGUAAUAAUUUUCCCAACCACAGCUGCACCCCCCCAACCCCCAACCCGGUCUCACAGCAAUCGGGACAAGCCGCACGUGUGUUUAGCGUGCCGCACACGCACAUUUAACUGUUUUUAGUGGCUCAGGAGUCCGCAAGUGCAGUGUGUGUGCCACUCACUCUGGUUACUCUAACAGAGCCGACUCUGAGAGCUGUUUCUUUAGCGACAGACACAUCACUGCAUCUUUCCCUUUCCUAAUGUCCUGAAGAACGGUCCGGAGCGCAGGCGGAGUGUUUAGCUAACCUGCAGGAAAUGUCAACGACAGUUAUCCAGAAAGUAGCUAAUGGUUACCAGAGAUGUUUCUGAGGUGUUCGCUAGGUACUUUUAAGAUUUAAAAAGUCAAGAAGGGGGUCUGAAAAGCUGCUAGAAAUAGCGUCAAAGUCGCUAAGUUAGCAACACUGUGGAGCGCUUCAUUUGCAACUCGGGGCAGCGCAAUUGGGAGGAGCAAAUAAUCGGCUUGUUUUGUUUUUAUAAUCGUUCAAAACUCAGAUCGUAAUCGUGAUUAAAAUUUGAUUAAUUGAGCAGCCCUAAUAGUCCCUUUAAUCAGCAUUUUGUUUGGCCUGUUUUUCUGUCUAGAACUCCCGCUGCAUUAUGUCUGGAAAGAUGAGGAUGUUCUGACUGACCAGCAGCUCUGUAACCAGGAGAGGACCUUGGAUCAAGAUGAACCAGAAGUUUUAUGGGUGGGGCCAGAACCAUCAGAGAUGAAAGAGGAGCAAGAUGACCCAGAACCUUUGCAGAUUCUAGAACAACGGGAGCUGAGCAUCGGUCAAAAUAAAGAGCAGCUGGUACUGAAACUGGAGACCGUUACCUCCCUUGUGAAUUCUACUUCUGAGGAACAAGACCACAAUGAACCAGAACCAAACCGUGACCAACUCCUAUUUUCAUUGCUUCCUGAUGCUGAGAUCCAAGAACAGGAAGGAAGCAGAGAAGAAGAUGUUGAAUCUGGCAGAGAUGAAGAGAUGAUACAAAAUCAGAGAAGUCCACAAACAAGAGAUACCAGAGGCAAUGAAGACGGUUCAAAACUAGAAAAGCCUGGAAACCUUCACACAGAACUCCCACAGCAUCAUAUCUGGGAAAAGGAGAUGGUUCUGACAGAACACCUUGUUGGUCACCAGGAGAUGACCUCCAGUUUGGACCAGGAGGAGCCAGCAUCUCCGCUGCUGAAAGAGGAACAUCAGGACAUCUGUAUCAGUCAGAAAGAAGGGCAGUUCACUCUGAAGCAGGCUUCUCUUUCUGAAGACAAAGAGUCAACAUCAAACGGGCAUGAAAAUUUUACACUAAAUAACAUAUGUAAACAAAAUAAUAUAUGUAAACAAACUAAAGGGCACAGAGACAGUUUUGACAGUCGCAAGAGGCCAUUUUCAUGUAAAGUAUGCGGAAAAUGUUUCAGUCACAAUUGUUUUUUAAUACAUCACAUGAGAACACACACAGGUGAGAAGCCAUUUUCAUGUGAAACUUGUGGAAAAUGUUUCUCUCAGAAGAGUAACUUGACUAAGCACAUGAGAACUCACACCGGUGAAAAGCCAUUUCCAUGUGAAAUUUGUGGUAAAAGAUUUUCUCAGAGUAGUAACUUGACUCUUCACAUGAGAAGCCACACAAAUGAGAAGUCCUAUUCAUGUGAAUCUUUUGGUGAAUGUUUCUCUAAAAAUGGUGACUUGACUCUUCACAUGAGAACACACACAGGUGAGAAGCCAUUUCCAUGUAAAACUUGUGGUAAACGUUUCUCUCAGCGUAAAUACUUGACCAAGCACAUGAGAACUCACACAGGUGAGAAGCCAUUUCCGUGUGAAACCUGUGGUAAACGUUUCUCUCGAAGUGAUCACUUGGCUGUUCACAAGAAGACUCACACAGGUGAGAAGCCAUUUCCACAUGAAACUUAUAAAUGUUUCUACGACAGUGGUGUCUCGACUUGUCGCAUGGGAACUCACACAGGUGAGAAACCCUAUUCUUGUGAAACCUGUGGUAGAUGUUUCUCUAGAAAGGCUGAUUUAACUCUUCACAUGAGAACACACACAGGUGAGAAGCCAUUUCAAUGCAAAACUUGUGGUAAAUGUUUCUCUCAAAGUAAUCACUUGACUAAGCACAUGAGAACUCACACAGGUGAGAAGCCAUUUCCAUGUGAAAUUUGUGGUAAAAGAUUUUCUCAGAGUAGUAACUUGACUCUUCACAUGAGAAGCCACACAAAUGAGAAGUCCUAUUCAUGUGAAUCUUUUGGUAAAUGUUUCUCUAAAAAUGGUGACUUGACUCUUCACAUGAGAACAAACACAGGUGAGAAGCCAUUUUCAUGUAAAACUUGUGGUAAACGUUUCUCUCAGCGUAAAUACUUGACUAAGCACAUGAGAACUCACACAGGUGAGAAGCCAUUUCCAUGUAAAACUUGUGGUAAACGUUUCUCUCAGCGUAAAUACUUGACUAAGCACAUGAGAACUCACACAGGUGAGAAGCCAUUUCCAUGUGAAACUUGUGGGAAAUGUUUCUCUCGAAGUGAUCACUUGGCUGUUCACAUGAGAACUCACACAGGUGAGAAGCCAUUUCCAUGUGAAACUUGUGGGAAAUGUUUCUCUUACAGUGGUGUCUUGACUUGUCACAUGAGAACUCACACAGGUGAGAAGCCAUAUUCAUGUAAAAAAUGUGGUAAAUGUUUCUCUCAGAACAGUAGCUUGGUUCAGCACAUAAGAACUCACACAGGGAUAGGUCUUUUCCAUGUUUGAUCUGUGGAAGGAGAUACAGUCAUAAGCUUUAGGUCUUCACAUGAGAAUUCACACUUAAGAAUGUUUUUCGUGUAUUGGUACCAAUAUCAUGGUAACCAUCUCUCAAGUCACACUCAAGUCAUUAAUGUUUGAUAUUCAAGUCACAUAGGAUUAGUCCAAGUCGAGUCAAGUGACUAGGUCCUAAAGGGCCAAAUCUGCGUCCCAAGUCCAGCAUCUAGUUUCAACUGCCACUUAUGUUUGCACAUAGAAAUUAAAUGAUAUUGCUAUUGUUAGAAUUAGCAUGUAACUGAUGCUAAUAUUAGUUUGGUAUAUUAGCCCAAAUUACUGUGUUAAUAAAACAUUUGAUUUAAAAUCACUUUUCACAACACCCAGAAAUACUUAACAAUAGAGAAAACAUAGACAAAGAACAUAACACCAUCCAUCAAUUUUCUUCCGCCUAUCCGAAAUUGUGUCACGGAGGCAACAGCCUAAGUCGGGAGGCCCAGACUUCCCUCUCCCCAGCGUGUCCUGGGUCUCCCUUUAGAUAUCCUCCCGGUAGGAUUGGCCCAGUAAACCUCAUCAGGGACACGUCCAGGAGGCAUCCAAAUGAGAUACUCGAGGCACCUCAACUUGCUUCUCUCAAUGUUGAGGAGCAGCGGAUCUACUUCAAGCCCCUCCCGGAUGACCAAGCUUCUCACCCUAUCUCUAAGGGAGAGCCCAGACAGCCUGCGAAGAAAACUCAUUUCGGUCACUUGUAUCCGCAAUCUCGUUCUUUAGUCACUACCCAAGGCGUGUGACCAUAGGUGAGUGUAAGAACGUUGAUCGAGAGCUUUGCCUUCUGGCUCAUCUCUCUUUUCUCUGUGACAGACCAGUACAAUGCACGCAUCACUGCAGACGCAGCACCGAUCUUGCGCUCCAGUUUUCCCUUGCUCGUGAACAAGACCCCAAGAUACUUAAACUCCUCCACUUUGGGCAGGACCUCAUCCCUGACCCGGAGAAGGCCUUCUACCCUUUUCCAACUCAAGAACAUAGUCUCAGAUUUAGAGGAGCUGAUUCUCAUCCCAGCCACUUCACACUCUGCUCCGAACUCCAGCGAAAGCCAGAGAUCCCAUUCUGAUGAAGCCAACAAGACCACAUUAUUUGAAAAGGCAGAGAUACAACCCCCAGCACCUCAACACCAUGGCUGCACCUUGAUAUCCUGACCAUAAAAGUUAUCAACAGAAUCUGUGAUUAAGGGCAGCAUUGGUGGAGUCCAGCACUCACUGGGCACAAGCCUGACUUACUGUCUGCAAUGCAAACCAAGCUCUGACACAUACAUGACCCAGCAGACCAUAUCAGAGGACCUGGAGCCCCAUACUCCCGGAGUACCCCCCCCCCAGGGACGCGGUCGAACGCCUUCUCCAAAUCCACAAAACACAUGUAGAUUGGUUGAGCAAACUCUCACGUACCCUCCAGUACUACUCAAAGGGUAUAGAGCUGGUCCAGUGUUACACGGCCAGGACAACAUUCACAUAGCUCCACCUGAAUCCAAGUUUUUACAGUCCAAUGGUCCCUCCUCAUCAGACACCCUGGAUAGACCUUACCAGGGAUACUCGGGAGUGUGAUCCCCCUAUUUUUGGAACACCGGAUUUGCUCGGAAAACCUCACCAGGGAGGCGUUCUAGAGGCAUCCUAAUCAGUUGACUGAGAAACCUCAACUGGCUUCUCUCAAUGUGGAGGAGCAAUUGGUCUAUUCCAAGGCUCUUCCCAAUGACGGAGCUUCUCACCCUCCCUCUAAUAGAGAGCCCUGGCACCCUGCGAAGAAAAAUAAUUUUCGUUGCUUGUAUCUGCAAUAUUAUUCUUUCUUUCACUACCCAAAGCCCGGGACCAUAGGUGAGGGUAGGGACAUAGAUCAGCCAGUAAAUCAAGAGCUUUACCUUUCUGCUCAGCUGUCUCUUCACUAUGACAAACCGGUACAAUGCCUGCAUCACUGCAGACACAGCACCAAUCCGCCCAUCAAUCUCAUGCUCCAUCCUUCCAACACUCGUGAACAAGACCCCGAGAUACUUAAACUCCUCUACUUGAGGCAGGAUCUCGUCCCUGACCUGGAGAAGGCAUUCUACCCUUUUUCAACUAAAGAACAUGUUCUCGAAUUUACAAGUGCUGAUUCGCAUCUCAGCUUUUUCACACUCUGCUGUGAACCAUUACAGUGAAAGCUUGUGAUCAUGGUUUGAUGAUGCGUACAAGACCACAUCAUCUGCAAAAAGCAGAGAUCUGAUCCUUAGGCCACUAAAAAAGUCCAACCCAAAGUCCCUACAAUCUGCUUAUUCACUGAAAGACAUGCCAGGGACAUUGAGGAGGUCUUUAAAAGUACUCCACCCACUGACCCACUGUGUUCCCAGUGAAGGUCAGUAGCACACCGUCCCUAUUAUAAACAGUGUUGGCAGUACACUGCUUUGCCCUCAUAAGGUGCCAGAUGGUGGACCUGAAUCUCCUCGAAGCAGUACAAAAGUCUUGCUUAAUAGUCUCGCCGAACUCCUCCCUCACCCAGGUUUUUGCCUCUGCGACCACCGAGCCACAUUCUGCUAGUACCAUCAGUAUCCAUCAGCUGCCUCUGGAGUCCCACAGGCAUACCUUAACGCCUGUGUCCACCAGCGGGUUCUGUGGUUACUGUCACAACAGACACCGAUGACCCAGCGGCCACAGCUCCUUUCGUGGUGGAGUUGGAUUUGUUUGUCAAAUGUAAGCUAGAGGUGAUGGGAAAGUUUUAAAUAAAAAUGGUGGCAUGUGUGGCCAGUAUCUGGGCUUAACAUACCUUGGGGGAUGUAAGGCUGGGUGGGGGUGGGGUGCUGUAAGGAGCUGCUGUGACAUCCAGCAGCAAGGACUCCCUCCCCCUAGGGCAGUGGUCCGAAAUUAGCAACCCGUCAGCCAAAUCCGGCCCGCCAGACUUUUCCGCUGGCCCCCAACUCUUUGGGCCCAAGGGCCUCCAAAUAUCAAUAAAUAUUGUCAUGCUGUACCUCUAAAGAAACGUCAGGACCUUGGCUACAAGAACAUGUAAACCUUUUUUGAGUUAACUAAAACUACAAUCAAAACAGUGAUCACAAAUCCCUCAUGUGUGAGUGUUUUCAGUCGAUUCACUCGGUACAAGAAGGUACUAUGGGACUUAUCGAAAUGUCCCAUUAGCAGCUAUCAAAUCUGGGUUGAGAUUGCAAUCUAAGAUGGCAAGUCAGACCCAGCAGAAAGAACUGCAUGCGCUACUGAAGGGGCCAAAACAUCCAAAUGGCAAAACUUCACAAAAGUGUGGUGUGUAGCCCAGCUUGCAGCUGAGCAAAUGUCACCAACUGAAACACCUUUUAAACAGUGCCCAAGACGCAGCCACACCUUUAGUAGAUUGUGCCCUUACCCCUUCUUUCCACCGGAGCCGUCAGCAGCACGUUACUGCAGCAGCACAUCAUAGCUGCUGAUAGGAACCGCUGUGGUCAACAGAACCUUUUCCACCGGAGCCGUCAGCAGCUGUCAGAAGCGCGAGUCGGCCGCGUCUCAGGAGCAGCAUGUCGCGGCCCUUGCGCGCCGGUUCUAUUUUCUACGCGCGACGCCUCUGAAACGGGUCAAGUUCUACAUUUUUGGGGAUGGAAAGACAGGAAAUCGGAUGCGGAAACUGAGCGAAGCUCCCGAGAUUUUCAGAAUAAAGAAACGUACUGCCUUCCGGUUGCUUUACUUUAAAAAAAAGUUACUAACUGUGCAGCCCCGUGAGAAGCUAUCACCUAGCUAGCGGUCUCCUUUGUUUUUCAGGUCUGUAUUGGCGAUUAUAAAAAGGACAGAACAUUAAACACAAACCUUUUGGUGCCGUGUUGUGAUUUUCUCCUGCUUGUUGUGUUUACUGACGAAGUCACUCUUGUGACUUUGUGCUCUGUCAGUGACAACUGCUCCCCUGCUGCUUCGCGUCUCGUGGGAAGGGCCAAGCAGCAUCUUACGCGAGUAAAGCCUGAUUUAUGCUUCUCCGUCUGCGUCAGUGCGGAGACACGCAACGCCAUUAUCCGUCCUUGCGUAGGGCACGCAAGUACGUACGGAGUCGAGCCCACUUUUUUAAACAUCCGUCGAACGAGACGGAUGACGCAAGCUUGUGAUUGGUCAGGACGCCGCUGUUGUUUACAGCGCCGCCAUUGCAAAGAGAGCCGAGGAUAACUAGCGGCAGACACGGAGCAGCUUGAAGAAUACCUCGCGAAAAAACUCUAAAAAUAUGAACGUUUCAUCCUCCCGUGACUGGAGGAGUGAAAAGAUGCGCAGCAAGCAUUUUAUUUGUGGAUGGAAAUGACAGGAAACGUGGGUUUAGAGGUGGGGAGCGCAUGAAGAGGUGGGAGAAUGAGAGACAAAUAUGUCCGUGUUAAAAGUCUCUUAUAAACACAAAAAACACAAUAUAAACACACGAUCUUGGACCGAUACAUGACAGGAUACCACAGAACAGCGCUACGCCCUCUGUUGUCCUGCCGGGCAAUUGCUUUGCAACACUCUCCAGGAGACGGAGAAGUAAAAGAGCAAAACGCUUCCGUCAAUCCGUGCGUGUCUGUCCCUUGCGGAGCUGACGGAGAAGCAUAAACCAGGCUUUAGGCGUGCUGCUGCAGUGACGUGCUGCUGAUGGCUCCGGUGGAAAGAAGGGGUUACCCUUAGAGGAAGCUGGGACCCAGUGACACUGUUACACAGGGAAGUGGUCUCCACAAUCCAAUGAGAAAGUCUUUGCUUUGACAAAGCUUUACCCAGCUGCUGCUUUCUUCGGUCCCAUAACAAAAAACUCAAAAACUUUGUCAAUAUAUGUUUGCAAACUUUCUAAAUUUUCUCCACUUACCUCCAUGGUGAGUGUUAUAUUUACCAGAUUUUUAUUUAUUUUUAUUUUUAUUUGCAUUUUCAGUGAAUAAAUUAGGCGAAAAUGUCUCUUAAUUGUUUGUGGAAGUUGGUUAACGAGCUGCUAUCUGCUUCAAACGCUGCCGUGUGUCCAGUGAUCGGCCGUCAGUGCAUGCUCAGUCCAACAUCUGCCCCUGGGUGGGUCUGGGUGGGGGCCUGGGGGCUCGGGGUGUGGGGGUGGCCGGCCCCGUGUGGGUAUCUGGGCAGGGCCUUGGGGGUCGGGUCCUGACAUGUAUGCUGCCGGGAAGAAGGCAGGAACAUGCAGCACUGCCUGGCCCGGGUUCAGGGGCCUCGGGUAAACCUUGGCUCCUCUGCUGUCCCAUCACAGGGGAGGGGGAGGACCCAACCUUACCUGGAUGUCCUAUGUCUUAUAUAUUCUGGAAGUUGUGCAAAUGCAGGUAUGGGCGUAGAUAUUCUGCUGGGGUGGGGCUGGGUUGGUGCCCUCGGACUCCGUGAGGCUCUGCAAUGCUGCUGUUUUGGGCCCUGGCAAGAUGGGCUGGGGUCUCCGUGCCCUGGGAGGCAUUUUGACAACAGAGGUGCCUAUUGGGGCCAGUGGGGGAGCUGGCUCCCUGGACGGCUACGCCCAACCAGCCAUUCCUUCUCAUCCCCACACAUUUCUCUCCUCCUGCUCCCUAACUUCAUCACACAAACGUGCACAUAGGACCUUAGGGGGUGGACAAGUCAUAGAGUGUGGGUAUGGACCCCAUUUUCGCAUUCCUGUGGCAACCUGCCCCCUAAUUUUAUUUGCACCUUAAACACUUCCACCAAUGACAUUCCACGCAAACACACAUUUAGGGCCUUGGGAGUGAGCACAUUCAAUGGCAUUUGGCAGGGGGAUUUCUCAGCCUCAUCCCGAGUGCCGGUGCCCACUUCCAAUUUUAAACCGCACUUAGACACCGAGGGCUGUGGGUGCAAGUGGGGUGGUGUGGUGGCAUCAGCUGGCAUAGGCCAGACAAUGCCCGCACUGCCCGCUCACCACAGCCAUGGAAUACACCUCAUCAACAUACACUAACACUAUAUUGGAGCAGGCGGAGGGAGACUAGGGGUCUUAGCACACCUCUGUUGUUGCUUGGCUUCUUGGGGCUGGAGGCUGGGAGGGAGAUCUGGCCAUCUGGUUGGGGUCUGGGGUGGUGGGUUGCUGUGCUCAGCGUUGGGCGGGGGAGCAUGCUCAUCAGCACCCCAGCAGAAAGGGUCAAACUCUGGGAACCGGUAAUGGUUGUACCCCAUGUGAGCAGUACCGGGACCAGAGUGAAUAGGGUGUGUAUGGGGAGCACGAGUGGGUGUCCGGAAUGCAUUUUUGUAAGUCUUUGGUUGUAUGUGUAUGGGUGAGCAUGAGGGAGGGAGUGUAUGACUGUGUUUGUGUAUGACUGUAUAUGUCAGGUGGGACCUUUGACUCCUCCCUUCUCCUGGGACUUCUUUUGAUGAUACAGAUCUUCGUCUCCCCUCCCCCUGCCACAAAUGGUGUGGAGUGCGGUGCCUUGGCCUGCCUGAAUGUUCGUAGCUCCCGGGUCAAGGGGUUAAAUAUUUUUGGCAUCUGCCUGAUCAAUCCCGGUGGCUGCCUGGUGGGUUCUGGGUCCCUGGGCUCUGCUGGGUCCCCGGCGGGGGUGGUCGCCCCUGGGUCCCGGCUUGCUGGGUCCCGGGCUCGACCGGCUAGGGGGUGGGAGGCUGCAGGCGGGCCUGUGGGCUUGCCGCUGGUAUCCCCCGGGACUUUGCCAGCUGCUGGUUGUGGCCCCCCGGGACGAUCCUCUGCGCCUCUCUCGAGGGGGGCAGUGGCCUUUCUGGUUGCAAUCUCCUUGGGGUUCCUGUGUCCUGGGGCAGCACCUGGAUCUCUGGGACUUGGAGCUCCCUCCGUCUCCUACACAUCUUUGGGGGGCAGAUCUGUGGCCCCUCACACUCUAUUGGAAGCUUUUAUAGAGAAAUCUUACAUAAACAAGCACGUGUACACACAUAGGUGCUCACAUAGUGCUCUCAUAAUUAUGGGCUUGGGCACGUUCAACACAUGUCUUAAGGCUGUCGUUGCCACUAAAUGCCCAGGGUUUCCCUUACAUAGGCGUAGUCGUGGCGGCCCGCCACGGCUGAAAUCCCACCGCCACGCCUACAAGAUCUCAAGGUUUUUUUUUUUUUUUUUUUGCGCUGUUUCCCGAAGAAGCAGCGGGAACUACUAUGUUGUCGCUUGUGAUCACAGCCGGCGGCAGCAAGGAGGAGCAGGCAGGGCAAGGUGAAGUUACAGCAUAAGUUACUGAGUUUAAAAUUAGAAAGGUAGCAGUGGAUAUAAUGCUUUUUAGUUUACAUGUUUCAAUAGCAUUAAGAUAAACGUGUGUUGACGAUCUUGACAGGGUUUCCUCCAGUGCUUAUUAGGCCAGGUUCUCCUCCCCCCACCAGGCUAAGCAUUACUUGUUCAUGUAAAAAAAAAUUUUUUUUUCAUGUCUGAUUUUAACUGCAUAUAAUACUGUAUUACGGCGUGAGCGCAACAGCGACAACUUAAGAUUGAUGUGUGAGCAGCCUGAGAGGUCGGGUGUUUCAUCUGAACCCUUAAAACCUCCAGCAGGCCACGCUGCACUAUUGACGUGUUAGCGCACGUCGCUAACAACUUAGCGAUGUGACAUGUCUCGGAGAAAGCGUAAAAACACAUUGGACGCUUCUUCUGAAGCGGGAAAAUAACACCUCUUCUUAAGCAGAGCACGACGUUGCCUCGGCUCGUUCACGGCCGAGCCGGACUGAGCUCGAUAACAUUGACCCAGCACAGCCACUGGGUCGUUGGAGCUGCCCCGUGACUGCCUGAUGGAAAACCAGCGGGUUUCAUCAGACUCGUAAAGUUUCUUGCUUUUGCUGGGGACCCCCUGUAUUUUACCGCUCCCUCCUGCAGUCUUCCCCUAUUAAAAUUUAAAAUGAUUCUGUAAAUUCCGUGUAUCAAUAGAAACAAUCUCUGCCUCUGCCAGCUGCAGUAAAUGUAGUUUCCAAAUAAUAAAGAAGAGGUGCAUUCAUCCGUGUAUCUCCUUUGAUCCACAUUAGUGAUAUUCUCAGCACCAGAACAGUGAAGCAAAGAAACAGAUUCCUGAGUUAGUAAUUUUAUUUAUUAGGUGCAUCUAACCUGUUCUAAUUUUCUCUGAAAUGAGACCAGACCAGUGGUUCUAUGGGUUGUCUCCAUUCUGCACUAGAAAACUUUACUUUGUUUAGAGACGUGUCUCCACCCUCCCUGCCCUGGGCGUAUUUGAAUAGACAUCCACAAGAGAUUUAAUACAAAUCAAAUGUUUAGUUAAAAGGAAAAUAAAUAACCAAACCAAGUGCAUUUUCUGUUCCUUUGUUCCACAUGUUGCAUUAAUACCACCUGUUUUUAUGUUUCUAACACCCUCUACUGUUCAACUGAUGGUCCACUACUGUCGCAAAUCAUUAUCCUGCCUCCCAGAAAAUUGUCCAACCUUUGUCCUAUGGAAAUAGGAAUGAAAUUCUUUCAAACAAAUGUUUUGUUUUAAAUCAAAGACAAGUGAGAAUUUUUGUUAGAAGAACAGAUAUCAGGUUUGACCUGUAAUUCCUGCUCAUUUAUAUUACUCUCUUAUGUUGCAUCUAAGAUUAUCAUCAAAAUGGAAUGAAAAAAAGUAACAAUUUAUGUAACCAACAGUCGGAUUUUACAGGCAGACUUAAUUAGAGCUUAUUGUUUUCUUGGUAGAAUAAACAAUUAUAACACAA